AUGGCCGAGUGGAGCACAGAAUUUGCUAAGCUCAUGGCUGGAGAUUUCGACCCCAAUCCUGAGUCAAACCCUGCUCUCCCCGUACCUGUUGAUAUGGAUGAGUGGGAGAUGGAGACGAUUUUCCAGGCACCAGCUGGGUUAGCAAGCACUAGGAAGGGCAAGAAGGCCAAAAGGAAAGCCAGGGAGAAGCAGCUCCAAGAGACCACAAGGCUUGCUUCCCUUCAGAAAACCAGAGAAUUAAAGGCUGCUGGCAUUGAUGUUUUGCAGCAGCCCAAGACGAAAUCGAAGCGAAUAAUAGACUACAAUGCAGAAAUCCCAUUUCAGAGGAAGCCUUCUCAAGGCUUUUAUGAUGUUACUGAUUUCGACCAAAAAAGUUAA